GUUCGUCGGCUGAAGAGGUAUCCUCGCAUGGAAGUGAUAUUCGUGGUUCUUCUCUGUCAUUGCAUAUCAAGCAUGAGUGGUACUACCUUUGGUUGCAUAGAAAGAGAGAGACAAGCUCUCCUAAGCUUGAAACAAAGCUUUUCAAGAUCCUUCACACAAGUUGUCCUCCUGGCAAGGUCAAGAUUGCUGCCAAUGGAAAGGAGUAGCCUGCAAUCAAACCACGGGUCAUGUUGUCAAGCUUCAUCUCAGAUCCUCAUCAAUGGAUUUCUCAUAUUCACCUUUCAACAGAUAUAAUACACUUUCCCCAUGGCCUUUGUUGCCUGACUUACAAGCUAAUGAGGUGAGCUCUAGUUUGUUGGAGCUGCAACAUCUCAACUACUUGGACCUCAGCGGAAACAACUUCAGUUCUAGUAGGAUUCCCAACUUCUUUGGCUCAAUGAAGAAUAUGAAGUAUUUGAAUCUGUCUUUUGCAAACUUUAGUGGAAAUAUUUCUCUUCAAUUUGGAAAUCUUACUAGCUUGCAAGUGCUUGAUCUUCAAGGUCUUUUCGGUGUUAGUAAUCCUACUUUCCAGUGGGCUUCAAAUCUUUUGUCUCUCCAAUACCUUGAUAUGAAUUGGGUAAACUGUUGGAAUGCAUCAGAUUUAAUGCAGGUACUUACCAACCUUCCUUCUCUGUCACAUAUCAGCCUAUCUGAUUGUAGACUAAAUAUGGUCAAUUUUCCUUGGCGUUCGAUCAAUUCCACAUUCUCUGCCAGUGUUCGAUACCUAGACCUUUCCAUGAAUUUUCUUGGAAGAUAAAUUCUUAAUGAUCUCAAAAAUAUGACUUCUCUUGAAGUACUUGAUCUUUCAAAUACCUUUUAUGUUAGUAGUUCCUCAAUUCCAACCUGGUUGGGUGAUUUUAAGAGCCUUGUUUACCUUAAUCUUGCAUGGAAUAAUUAUGAUAGCUUUGAAGGAGAAGGUGGCUUGGUCUAUAUAAUAAAUAAUGCUUGUUCGUUGAAGUCAUUAGAUUUGUCAGACAACACAAUUGGAGAAGUGUUAGAUCUUCAUCAAAUAAAUUCAACCAAAUGUGCCAAAUAUAAUCUAGAGUCAUUAAACUUAGCAUAUAACAAAAUGAGUGGUCCUUUGUCUAGUUGGUUAGAAGAACUAAAAUCCUUAAGAUACCUUGAUCUUUCCAGGAAUAUAUUUCACGGUCCAAUACCAUCUUCACUUGGAAAAUUUUCAAAUUUGGAAUUUUUAGAGCUAUCAUAUAACAAGCUAAUUGGGUCGAUUCCUGAAUCCUUGGGAAGAUUGUCAAGUUUGAGAGGAAUUCUUCUGUCAAAUAAUCAGUUGACUGGGAUUAUUCCACAAACAAUUGGGAAAUUGUCAAUCUUAGAGGGGUUGGAUCUUUCAUAUAACAAUUUGAAUGGGGUCAUUCCACAAACACUGGGAAAAUUGUCAUUGUUGAGCUGGUUAGAUCUUUCUAGAAAUCAAUUAAAUGGAAGCUUUCCUAAAUCACUUUGGAAAUUAGUUUCCCUAACAUUCUUGGAUAUAUCAUCAAAUUCCUUGCAAGGUAUUAUAUCUGAGGAUGACUUUGCUAAUCUUUCAAGGUUGAAAAGUUUGUUAAUUGGUUCCAACAAUUUCUCAUGGUAUAUGAAUUCAAAUUGGAUCCCUCCUUUUAGUCUUGAUCACAUCAACAUGGCUUCUUGCAAAGUUGUAGGGUCUCAUGAGUUCCCUCAAUGGCUUCAAACACAAAGAGAGGCAACUGAAUUGAAUCUCUCAAAUGCUAAUAUUGUUGGAACAUUUCCAAAUUGGCUUCAUAGCAUGUCAAAGAUGGUCUUUUUGGAUCUCUCUAUGAACCAAAUCAGUGGGCAGCUUCCAAAGAAUGUUGGCCCCAUGCCUUUUUUAUUGACUCUAAAUCUUGGCAACAACUUGAUAAAUGGUUCAAUUCCAGAAUCAUUAUGCGAACUAGAACGUUUGAUCACUCUAGAUCUCUCGAGAAACAAGCUUUCUGGGAUAUUGCCUCACUGUUGGAGAGAGAGCCAAAUCGUGAAAGUCAUCAAUCUAUCACACAACAACUUGUCAGGGACUAUUCCAUGCUCAAUGGGGAAAUUAUUACAGUUGAGACGGUUGCAUAUGAACGAUAAUCAUCUUAAUGGGGAACCUCCUUUGGCUUUAAGGGGUUGCUCUGAAAUGAUGCUUCUUGAUCUUGGUGAUAAUAACUUUUCUGGACCUCUACCAACUUGGAUUGGAGGAGAUAGCUUCCUAAACAUAACAAUUUUGAGGCUACGCAACAACAUGUUUAGUGGAAGUAUCCCUUUAAGCUUUUGCAAGCUCUCUGUGCUGAAAAUUUUAGAUCUUGCAAAUAACAAUUUGAGAGGAAAAAUUCCUCAUUGCUUUGGCAAUCUCACUGGAAUGAUUGUUGAAAGAAAUUAUUCAAGUUUAAUUGAUGAAAGGGCUCCUCCCGGUGUUGAAUAUGGAACUGGAUGGGGAAAAAAGAAGGUUUCGCAGGUGAUGAAAGGAAGAGACUUAGAGUAUACAAAAAUACUUCUACUUCUUGAUAAUUUGGACCUCUCAAGCAAUAAGUUAGUUGGGAUAAUUCCAGAAGAGCUAUGUGUGCUAUCUGCCUUGCGUGGUUUGAAUUUGUCCCAUAAUCAUUUGUCAGGCAAUAUUCCUAACAAUAUUGAAGAGUUGAAGUCCUUGGAGUCUCUUGACCUUUCAAACAACAAACUUUUUGGUGAAAUUCCACAAAGCAUGUCCAAAUUGUUAUCACUAAACAAGCUCGACUUGUCUUACAACAAUCUGUCAGGCAAAAUUCCAACAGGAGCUCAACUUCAAACGCUGGAUGAUCCAAAUAUCUAUGUUGGCAACAAUGAACUGUGUGGAACCCCAUUGCGAAAGAAAUGUUCUGGAGAUGAUGAUCGGAGAAAAAUUUCACCAACGACCAAUGCCCACGAAGAUGAUGAUGACUACAAAGAUAGUAGGAUCGAAAGAAUAUGGUUUUACUCUAUGGUAACACUUGGAUAUGCAACUGGAUUAUGGGGAGUAAUUGGGAGUCUGGUUUUCAAUAGAAACUGGAGGCAUGCUUUUUUUCGUUUCACUGAAAACUCCAUGGAUUGGAUUCUUGUGACAGUAGAAGUGAAAAUUGGGAGACUGAAGAAGAGCAUCAUGAAGUGGACCAACUAAUAAAGAUGUCUAUUGAUAACAUGUAUUCCUCUGUGUGUAAUUGGCUCUUAAAUAUUGCAUAGGUAGUCUUCAUCUGUAUGUACUUCAUAGGACGAUCGAUUCUCUCACUUUUGUGUAUUUCAUCUUAAUUUAUGUUGUCUUGUAUUGUUUAAGUUGUAACAUAUUGCCACAAUAGUUUGUCAAAAUACAUAAACUAGUUUGUCAAAGA